UGCGCGCCAUGGCCCGGGGCCUGCGCGGCUUCCCGCGUUGCGGCCUCUGGCUGCUCCUGGGGCAUCUCCUCUCCCUGGUCGCCGCCUGCCGGGAGGCCGACCUCGGCGCCCUCCUCCGGGAGCUCUGCCUCGCCCAGUUCAAGGUGGACAUGGAGGCUGUCGGGGAGACCCUGUGGUGCGACUGGGACAAGACCAUCAGGAGCUACGGAGGGCUCACUAACUGCACCUGCCUGGUGGCGGGGAAGCUGGGCUGCUUCUGGCCCAACACGGAAGUGGACAAGUUCUUCGUCGCUGUCCACCAGCGCUACUUCACGAGCUGCCCCGUCUCCGGCAGGGCCGUGCGGGACCCGCCCCACAGCGUCCUCUGCCCCUUCAUCGUGGUCCCCAUCCUGGUGACCCUGCUGGUGACGGCGCUGGUGGUCUGGAGGAGCAAGUGCACCGAGGGCAUCGUGUAGGCGGCGGCCAGGGGCUGCCCCCAGAUGCGUUCAGGCUGCGGGGCUCGACCGGGG